UAACAUUUUGACAUCAUGGAUGAGUUGGAUGAGUUGUCAAAAGCCAAGAUGAUGGGAGAGGAAGCUUACCCUAAGAAGAAAACUAAACCGGGUCUACUUGAGGAUGUUACAGCUACUCUGUUUUUCUCAGUCUUCACUGCAGUGCUGGGAUUCUUCCAGUAUGGAUACUGCAUUGGAGUCAUCAAUGCACCUCAAACGAUCAUCAUGACCCAUUACGCUAAAGUGCUGGGACUUUUAACUGAAGAGCAAACAAAUAUUCCAGCCGAAGUAUCCGAAGCACUGAAAAACCCUACUGUUAUAAUGCUAUGGUCUUUGUCCGUUGCCAUGUUUGCAGUGGGUGGGAUGAUUUCUUCCUUCACAGUGGGAUGGAUUGGAGAAAAGAUGCCAAGAGUAAGAGCCAUGCUGAUUGUGAAUGUUCUUGCAGUUGCUGGGAAUCUCUUUUUGGCCAUUGCAAAGCUUGGCCCUUCCCAUGCCCUCAUUAUUAUAGGAAGAUUAUUGACUGGACUUCACUGUGGACUCUCAUCCGGACUUGUCCCUUUAUAUGUUGGAGAAAUAUCACCAAUUGCUCUCCGUGGAGCUCUGGGAUCCUUGCACCAGCUUGCUGUAGUUAUAGGUAUUCUCAUCAGCCAGGUUCUUGGACUAGAUGUUCUACUGGGCACUCCUGCAUUAUGGCCACUGCUUCUUUGCUUAUCUGGUAUUGCAGCGGUUCUUCAGAUUUUCCUUCUCCUGCUUUGCCCAGAGAGCCCUAGGUACAUGUACAUCAAAUGUGGAAAUCUAGAUGGAGCUCAAAAAAGCCUGAAAAGACUGAGGGGACAAGCUUACGAUACUACCAAAGAAAUCGAGGAUAUGGAGAAAGAAAAACAAGAAGCAUCAAAGGAAAAGCCAGUCUCCAUCUGGCAACUUUGCACUGCCCCCAUCUAUAGACAGGCAUUCUUUGUGGCUAUUGGGGUCCAUAUCGCUCAACAGUUUUCAGGGAUUAAUGCUAUCUUCUACUACUCCACUGAUAUUUUUAACAAAGCUCGCGUUGGACAGCCUGUCUAUGCCACUAUAGGAGUGGGCUUUGUGAACACUGUGUUUACUGUUGUUGCUGUCUUCCUGGUGGAGAAAGCAGGAAGACGCAUCCUCUUUAUUGCUGGACUAUUUGGAAUGAUGGUGUGUGCAGUAACUAUGACAAUUGGCCUUGUGUUGCAGCCCAAUUUUGAAUGGAUGAGCUACAUAAGCCUGACUUCCGUCUUCCUCUUUGUCAGCUUCUUUGAAAUUGGGCCAGGGCCAAUCCCCUGGUUUAUUGUUGCUGAGUUAUUCAGCCAAGGACCUCGCCCUGCAGCUGUUGCAAUAUCUGGAUUCAGCAACUGGUUCACCAACUUCUGCAUUGGAAUGUUUUUCCCUUAUGUAGCUGAACUAUUAGGAUCAUACGUAUUCCUGAUCUUUGCGUUUCUGCUGGUCCUUUUCAUUCUUUUCAUUUACUACAAAGUGCCAGAAACCAAAGGCAAAUCCUUUGAAGAAAUUGCAGAAGAGUUCCGUCGACGAACCAAGGGAACCCCCAAAACAGGUGCUGAAAUGGAAGACCUAGGAGGCGCCGAAAAUGCAUAGAGGCAUCUGUGGAAGAGGAACAUGGCAAAAAAUGUGUAACUAAUAGUUCUGGGGAAAAAUCUGGAGAAAGCAUUUGCUUUAAAAUGUAAAAACAUGGAAAAUAA